GUUUCCCCGAUGGCCACUCGGGGAACUACUGCCAGUGGAUAAGGAGCGCAAACAGCAUGCUGUGGGAACUGAGUCACCAUGUGCCUUCUGUGAGAUACAUGGACUAUGGAGCAACUAAACAGAAGUCCCUGUACUUGUCCCAUGAUGGACUACAUCUGAGUGCUGAAGGGGCUAGGAGGUGUUUAGCAUCCAUACAGGACGACCUGCCAAACCAGCUGUGUGUGGAGGCUGCUGUUCAAGAUCCUACAGAAUGGCCAGCUCUCUCAGCCACGGAAGUACCGGUUCAGGAGCAUGACAGCACCAUAGCACUCUUUUCGGAUAUUGUGCAGACUGGAGCUCAACCAGAGAUUCAAGACAAGGUGGAUGCAAGUGAAGUACCAGUUCCCAGGGACAUUAAGCCUCAGACACAUAAAAUAACGGUUGUCACAGCCAGAGCUAAGAGGUCUGCAACCAGAAAUGUCAAAGGUAUGGAAAGAAGGUCAUGCUGCAGUGGAUUUAUUUACCUUGACAUUACUGAAGAUGUGGCUGUUUUCCUGCCUGCAUACAAGUUGAAUGGCUUAUGCUUGAAACGCAAGAAGAUGGAAGUCAAGACUGGUAAGGUUAAAAGGGAGAAACCUACCAUGACGAAAAAGAAGAACAAACAGGUCCCUUGCUACAAUUGCCCAAACUGCAGGGUGUGCUGUUCAUCUGAAGAUGCCCUGCUCGACCAUUUUAUAACGAAGCAUUCAUCGUGGAAAGUUGAUAGGCCUGACACACUUUUCAAUCAGGAAGAUGAAAUCAACGUGCCAUCCAACAUCCAUUGCCACCGAGAAACUGAAGAGACGCCCCAACAAGAUGACAACGCCGCAAAUGAAGAUCAAGUCAAUGUGCCAUCCCACUUCUUUUUCCAACGAGACACUGACGAGACGCCCCAACAAGAUGUAGACACUUCACAGCUUCUUCUUAUUCUUUCAAAUGACGUUGAACUUAACCCUGGACCGAUAUUCCAGACAAUACCGGUCCCUGUGGAAGCGGUUGGCUCAAGCGAGAAGAUGACGAUAAUUACAGUGAAAAUGGACUGACCAUACACGAAAGACAAAGGACAUUAAAUAUUUACACAAAUUUUGCACCUGUAAAAUGUGACAUUUAUAUACGUGAAUGCUAUAAUUCAAUUAGUAAGCCAUGCAGAAUUCUUUGGGAUGAAGGGGACUUAGAUUGUUUACAUGUAUUAAGUAGGGAUACAGCAGCAGGAGAUGAAAUAGGGUGGGAUUUUGUAUCUAUGGUUAUGAAUUCUAGUUGCACUUUUUCCUCUUACUGCCAGUUUAAAAAUGAGAUGUAUAAAACUCGCCACAAUAAGGCUAGGUUUAUGGAUCAAACAGUUUUUUUUAAUUUUUGGUUCAGUUGGGCUUCAAACAUGAAAAUAGAUUUCCAUAUACCCUGUGGUGUAUGUGGUUAUGGUCCUAAGAGAUUGUGCUGUGAUGGUACAAAAGUAGGGGUUGGAUUUCGGAAUUCAAAUUAUGAGGAAAUUACAGAAACAAACCAUGCUUUGGGCAUUAAUAAUACGCUGCAUCGUAGAAUGGAUAGAUGUUUUUUUGAAAAUUUGAAUGGAAUUGACAAACAAGAAAUGAUUAACCUUCGAACUUCUUUAGAUUACAUUGCUCGGAAAGAACUGAAUGAAAUUAAAGAGAAUAAAAUUAUUCCAGAGAGGGAUUUAUUGGACCGUAUCGAGUUGUUAAAACAAGCACUGCCCUCUGAAGUUUUGGGUUCCUUCGAAAGAUUUUAUCAAAUGAGUGAUAAUGAACGAGUUGCAUAUUCAAAUGUUUUAAAAAUGCUAGCCACAACAGCGUCCAUUACAAGCCUUGUACCCCCUGCAUAUUGUUACAAAAUUCAACUAUUAUUAAAUAGCCCCAAUAUUGAAAAUGAUCGAUUUAAUAGUAUUGUUAAUGAAACUCGUUCGUUUGCACCUGAACUAAGUGAUUUAAUUUGCGAGUCUUUAAUAAGCAACAAUGAAAUAUUGCCUGAUGACAUUAGAUUAUUUUUGCAAUAUCUAAUUAAUGAAUCAAUGUCAUUGCAAGUUACUGAACCAGAACCACCUGUACCUCAACUGGGCACAUACAAUCCUGAAAAGUUUGGAAGGGCCUAUUAUUUUAAUGAAUCUGGGUUAAAGUUAAGAAGUGUAAGAAAGUUUUCCAUUGACAAUGAUAGCUGUGUUAAAAGAAAUAUAGACCAUGACGAUACGACUUUAGAAUUUGAAAAAUGUCAAAAGCUUUAUUCUAAAGUUGAAACUUCUGCUCGAGGAACAUCAACAUUAUUUCUUUGGUUCUGUGCAGACCAUGGACAUUGCUAUGGUUUCCACAUGACUGGGGCAGAAGGAAGAAAAGAUCCCGCAUUAUCACUCUAUAGCUAUUUAGAAACCCCUCCACAAGACGUGUUUUAUGACUUUGCAUGUAAUUUACAAGAAUAUUGCCUAAACAGAGAAAGUGGAUACUAUAAAAAUGAACAUUUUUUUCAUGACAUUUUCCAUGGCUACUCCCACAAAUGUUCUCGUGCUUUUACAGCUAGCAGACUUCAAGGCUUUGAAUCUGUAAAUUCUGAAAUAUGUGAACAA